UCGAUCUGUAUCUGCGUAGAGUUCUCCCUCUGCAGACAAAGGAAAACGAACUUAUUGUCUUAUGUAGUGAUGCUAACGCACAAGUAUUUGUUGUUGGUGCACAAGUUUUCUUUUCUAUUUCAGAUUACGGUGAGAUCGGUUAACGGGCCCGAUGGUCCUGAUUAUUAUUGCUUUUGCGCAUAAAGACAGUUUAUUAUGUACGAACUAGUCUAGUGCAAUGGCUCUCAACCUUUUUCGUUUACUGUAGAACCAACUGAAUUUUGUUUUACCGCAGUAGCCCUGAAGUACCCCCUCAUGUACCUCAUGUGCAUUAUUACCGGUAGGCCAAUUAUCUCACGAGUCUUCUUAAGUACCCCCUGUGGUUAGGCCAAGUACCCCCAGGGAUCCUAGUGCCCCUAUUUGGGAACCACUGGUCUAAUGCGUACACUGGAGGCUACUGCUGCUAGGCUACUGGGCCUUGUCUUGGAACACUCAUCUCCUGCGGUGUUAUUUGAACACUCACACAGUUUAGAGUCUACCUGUGUUACUGUGUUGCCAUGGAGAAGGCUUGGAGGGUGGAGUUUAGGAACGUGGGUAGUAGCUACUUCCCUCAGAGCCGCGUGGAGUGCCACUACAGUGUCAGCUCACAACAUACCUGGGCCAGCCAUGACUGGGUCGGACUCUUCAAGGUGGGAUGGUCGUCAGUGAAAGACUACCACACCUUUGUCUGGGCCCUGGCGCCGGCAGGCUACCAGGAGGGCACAGAUGUCAACUGCUGUGUCCAUUUCCAGGCCUCCUACCUGCCCAAGCCCAGUUCCCAACAGUACCAGUUUGUGUACGUGGAUGGGAAGGGUGAGGUGUGCUCUGCCAGCCCCCAGUUUACCUUCAGUGCCCCCAAGCCUCUGGAAGACCUGGUUACCCUGGAGGAAGGAGCCCACGGAGAGGAGGGAGGGACUGACAUGCUGCUGGUUGUACCCAGGGCUGAGCUACUGCAGAGUCGCCUGCAAGAGUGUCUGCGUGAGCGGGCCGAAUUGAUCCAUGCGCGGGAGGGGGCAGAAAGGAUGAAGCAGAGAGAGAAGGAGAAGUACGGGAAGGCGAGAGAGGCUUGGGACAGAGGACGUGAGCAGCUGGAGAGGAACAUCUCUGAGCUGAAGGAAGAGCUGCAAGAGAGCAGAGACAGGAUGGAAGAGAUGGAGAGGAGGCAGGAGCAGGUGGAGGCGUCAGGGGAGGCCUUGGCUCAGGAGAAGAGUUCCAUACUGGCCAAGAAAGCAGCCAACAAACAGCGAAUCAGAGAGCUGGAGGAUGACAUUAAAGCGCUAACUCUGAAAGCUGUGGAACGAGAGACUGAGCUGGAGAGGAUGAAGGAGAGGGACAAAAAGCAAGCAGUUCAAAUGAUGGAGGAUGAGAAAGAGAGGAAUGUUAUGCAGCUCAAGCUGGAGCAGACCGAGGGGGAACUGCGGAGCCUGUCUGCUGAGUUCCAGGGUCUGAGGAGCUCCCUGGCCCAGAGAGACACACAUGCCCUGCAGCUACGGGAUACCAUCACCACCCUCACACACAGACUCAACAUGGCACAAAGGAAAGAGGCGGAGAGCGAGGCCUCCCUGGCUGAGAUGUGGGGCCUGCGGGAGCGUCAGGGGGCCAGCGAGCGUGGUGCUGAGGGCCUGAAGGAAGAGCUGUGUGCUCUGGUGGCCCAGAGGGACCAGGGCCAGACAGAGCUGCACCAGGCCAGGCUCCAGGCGGCACAGCUCACCCUGCAGCUAGCUGACGCCAGCCUGACUCUGAGGGAGGGCAGAGCACACUGGGCCCAGGAGAGACAGAGCCUGCAGCGUACCACUUCGAAGGACAGAGAGCGUCUGGAGAAGCUGAUUGGAGAGAUGCAGCGGAUUGAGGAGAAGCUUCAGGAGGAGAGGAUGGAGAGAGAGAAGGUGGAAGUGGAGCUGGGAAGAGAGAAGGACUGUAACCGGGUGCAGCUGAGUGAGACACGCAGGGAGCUCCAGGAGCUGAAGGCCAGUCUGAGGGUGGCCCAGAAGGAGAAGGAAGAGCUGCUGCUGGAGAAACAGGACCUGAUGGAGUACAUGCGUCAGGUGGAACAGAGGAUGGAGGCUGUGGCAGACGCCAAGUGGAGCGCUGCAGUGUUCGCCCCCACCAGUCUCCCUGACAGUUCUCUGUCUGACUCUGAGGAUGAAAACCCUGAGGCCCUGCAGCCCCCCCGCCAGCCCUCUCUGUCCUCCCGCCCUCUGGCCCACUACAGCCUGUGUGACCCCCAGGCCCAGCCUGACUCCCUGCUCCCCUCCACCCCCCCUUCCUCCCCCAGGGAUAUGUCACGGCCCCUCUCCCGAGGGGGCGUAGUCAUCAGCCAGCCCGCCCCCCUUUCGUUGCCAAGGCAAUCAGGAGAUACCCUGACACACAGCUCUGAUUCGGAGGAGGAGGGUGACACAGCCCUAUGUGGAGGACACAGCUCUGGAGACGAGACAGCUCUGCUGCUGCCUGAGACCACUGUCCUCAGUGACCUGGCUGAUACCGCUCAGUGGUAGAAUGGCGAUGCAGGAUCAGAUCUACACCAGCACUGGCUGUUUGGCCAUUACUUUAACUUGCCAUUCAGCACACAAGCACACACACUACAACUCACCUCUACUCUUGACAAACUAUGUUAAUAUGCAAUUUGCUUUUACAUUUUAUAUGAACUCUUUCUUUGACGAAUGACUUUAAGGCUGUUGUGUUGCCCCCAUUAUACUUAACAUGGUCUUAAGAAUGACAUAAUACCUGUCGUAAUAGCUGAAAUCGUAGUUACGACCUGACAUAGCACUGUUAUAAAGCGUAAAACAUUUGACAUUUUAAAGGGUUAAUUCGAUUUCAAAUAGUAAUGUUUUAUAACAGGGUUAUUUCAGUUGCAGGAGGAGUUGAUGUCGUGAGCUUUAUGGAUUGUGUUAUGUCACUUUAUGAGACAUCAUGACAGGUCACUAAUUAACAUAAGUCAGUUAUUAAAGGCUCCCUCUCUGAUUUCAGUCGAGCCAGAAAGAAAUACUGUAUAAUUGUUUCAACGUUUCGUCUCCUAGAAAAGAACGAUGAAAAACAUUGCAUUUAUUUGUUACAGUAUAUUCAUAGUAGCCUGGUUGAGUCAGUCUGGUUGAUUAGGCUAUAUUCACAGUUCUCUCCAUUUUUAAAUCUAAAAGUUGCUUUUAACUUUUCUGUCUGCGCAGCAAACGUGUACCUCUUCAGAAUACUGUAAUUAUAGUUAUUGAAACACACUACAACUAUAUUAGAAGAAUCAUUGUAAAGUACUGACACAUAACAUGAUUUUCCUCAUAUUCAAACCUAAGACUUUAUAUUAUAAGCACUUUCUGUUCUUCAUCAUUAUUUGAUUCUUGCUUUAUUAAUGCUGUCCUAGUGCUAGUUGAGAGGAUAAUUACAGACAGAGAAGCAUCUGAAAUGGGAAAAACGGUUGGGGGAAGUUUGGUUAUAGAGAGAUUAAUCAAGAUGAAUGGUAGAGCAGAAUGGUAGUUAGAGUGGUCGGAGUGACAUUUUAAUGUUCUCUCAUGUUUUUAUUAAUCUCAUAAUAUAUUCUAUCCUCAUCUACAUAAAGCUAUUGCUCCUGCAGGCUGGUAGCUGUAGAGUCCCUGCAAUAAGAGCAUACAUCAUACCACAUUUUAACCUUAAGUCAGUGUUUGGUUUUAAAGCUAAAUCAAUGUAUUUGUUAUAGAAGAAGUAUUUCUAGAUGAUCAGUUUUAUUAGACUAGACGUACUGUACAUGGUAUGCUCAAAGCUCUGCUUUAGAGUGAUGCAGUUCUACAUUUGUGCCUAAAUAACACAUUGGGAAAUGAAUAGUCUCUUCUUCAGCCAAGCAUCAUCAGUCUGGCAAACAAGACUUGUAAACUAAGGAAUCUCAUGAUAACAUAAUGUAAUUUAUAGAUACAGAUGUUACAAGACUUGUAAACGAAGGAAUCUCAUGAUAACAUAAUGUAAUUUAUAGAUACAGAUGUUAUAAGACUUGUAAACUAAGGAAUCUCAUGAUAACAUAAUGUAAUUUAUAGAUACAGAUGUUACAAGACUUGUAAACUAAGGAAUCUCAUGAUAACAUAAUGUAAUUUAUAGAUACAGAUGUUACAAGACUUGUAAACGAAGGAAUCUCAUGAUAACAUAAUGUAAUUUAUAGAUACAGAUGUUACAAGACUUGUAAACUAAGGAAUCUCAUGAUAACAUAAUGUAAUUUAUAGAUACAGAUGUUACAAGACUUGUAAACUAAGGAAUCUCAUGAUAACAUAAUGUAAUUUAUAGAUACAGAUGUUACAAGACUUGUAAACUAAGGAAUCUCAUGAUAACAUAAUGUAAUUUAUAGAUACAGAUGUUACAAGACUUGUAAACUAAGGAAUCUCAUGAUAACAUAAUGUAAUUUAUAGAUACAGAUGUUACAAGACUUGUAAACUAAGGAAUCUCAUGAUAACAUAAUGUAAUUUAUAGAUACAGAUGUUACAAGACUUGUAAACGAAGGAAUCUCAUGAUAACAUAAUGUAAUUUAUAGAUACAGAUGUUACAAGACUUGCAAACUAAGGAAUCUCAUGAUAACAUAAUGUAAUUUAUAGAUACAGAUGUUACAAGACUUGUAAACGAAGGAAUCUCAUGAUAACAUAAUGUAAUUUAUAGAUACAGAUGUUACAAGACUUGUAAACUAAGGAAUCUCAUGAUAACAUAAUGUAAUUUAUAGAUACAGAUGUUACAAGACUUGUAAACGAAGGAAUCUCAUGAUAACAUAAUGUAAUUUAUAGAUACAGAUGUUACAAGACUUGUAAACUAAGGAAUCUCAUGAUAACAUAAUGUAAUUUAUAGAUACAGAUGUUACAAGACUUGUAAACUAAGGAAUCUCAUGAUAACAUAAUGUAAUUUAUAGAUACAGAUGUUACAAGACUUUAUGGAAGGUUUCCCGGGAAAAUAUUAUUAGUACUGGUUUAAUAACACUAUAUUUUUCAUGAUUUUCAACCAAUACUCAACUUUAGUUAUAUCGUAAUGAAGUUAUGUUCUGGUUUAGUUUAAGCUAAUGACAUUUGAUAAGAAGAGAAUACUAAAGCUAGGUAAUUUAAAGGGGCAAUCUGCCAUUGUUGUUGUUUGAACUGCAGAUUGCCCCCUUUAAGAAAGAAUAAGGUGCUAGGGACACUUUUUUCUUGGUAUAUUUGUAAUUUGCUCUAUUUGCACCUGUUUUUUCGCAGUAAGAGAUGUUUUGGGGGCUAUUUUAUUUUUACACUUGGAUACUCCUUAUUAAUCCAGUCUGUUAUUAUCAUAAUCAUUACCAUAGUGUUUUGUUUACUCUUUUAUUUUUAUUUCUCUGAUUUUCUUUCUAAAAGUAAAUGUAACCUCUCACAACUAUCUGAUAAGGUUUGAAUUGUUAGUCCAAAGGGUUGAGAUAUUGAUUCUACUGUAUAGGACAUCACUGUGUUCCUUCACACAGAGGUGUAGCUGUAGUGAAAGUGUGACAUCUGUCACAUAUACAGAGCCUUCAGAAAGUAUUCAUACCCCUUGACUUAUUCCACAUUUUGUUGUGUUACAGUCUGAAUUCAAAAUGGAUUAAAUAUAUGUUUUCUCUCAACCAUUUACACACAAUAUGCCAUAAUAUGCCAUUCACAUGCUUUUCUUUGCACAUUUAUUAAAAAUAAAAUACAGAAAUGCACUGUAAUUCAACUGUGAUGGACAUCAUUGAUAAUUGAAGGCUGUGCUUUAGAGGGUUUUGGAGUACCCCUCUUCGUCUCUACACCCUUUCAGCUCUACCUCUAGUGUAAUCUAGUACUACAUCUCUAUUUGCUACUGUGGGUGGGUGAAUUUGACAUCCUGGUAUGUGCACCCAAAGUUGUGUAGCACUGAGAUCUAUCCUUUUUGUUGACGUCAUUUUAGAUUUCUGUGGGAGUUCUAUUCUUUGUCUACUGUGAGCUACAUGAGUGUAUGCUGUAACUUCCUUCCAGGAUACCUACCUACUCUCAUUGCUAUACGGCUCCAGUGGUUUGCUGGUGUGUAUGAUGUUUUGUUUGUGGAGGUCAUCUUACCUAUUUAAAAAAUGUAUAUUCUUUGGUAUUUAUAUAUAGGGUCAUUAAGCGUGUGGAUUCGUUUCUGUAAUAAUAAUUAAAAAAACAGAUCUGUA